UGAGAGAAUCAAAACCGUGAACACUGCCUAACACACUGAACAAAUGGUAGAUAUAACAUAGAUAACAUCAGUUAACAUCGCGAUACGUUCUGUUCUUUCGUGCGGUGCACGUGUGUUUUUCAACAUUUCGCGUUUCAUCGACGGAUAUGGCUUCGACUAAAGUUGACUGGGGUCAAUAUGCCGACGAGCAGGACAAACUGGUGUCAAAGGUGGGAAAUAUAACCUUGGACAAACCAAAUUCAACAAAUGUUCCUUCUCCCCCCACAAGCGAUACUAAGAGCGACGAGGAAGACCAAAUCUCGCUGGCGGAAAAGUCGCUGUUACAAAAAAUCAUAAGGAAAGGAUUGGUGGAGACAACAAAAAAUAUAGAAGUUCAAAGAAAAGACCCCAAUUCCCCCUUAUACAGCGUCAAAACAUUCGACGCGCUUCAUUUGAAACCUGAACUACUUAAAGGAGUCUAUGCAAUGGGGUUUAACGCACCUUCAAGGAUUCAAGAGACUGCUUUGCCCACUUUACUGGCCGAUCCACCACAGAAUAUGAUUGCACAGUCUCAGUCUGGUACCGGAAAGACAGCUGCAUUCGUAUUAGCUAUGCUAAGUCGGGUAGAUACGACAAAGGAUUAUCCGCAAGUACUUUGUCUGUCUCCGACUUACGAAUUGGCCAUUCAAACUGGCGAAGUAGCCGCAAAAAUGUCACGCUUCUGUCCCGAAAUAAAAAUAAAAUAUGCCGUGAGGGGAGAAGAAAUGACUCGUGGGUCAAAAAUCACUGAGCACAUUAUCAUAGGAACACCGGGGAAGGUGUUGGAUUGGGGACAAAAAUUUAGGUUUUUCGACUUGAGUAAAAUAUCUCUGUUUGUGCUCGAUGAAGCUGACGUAAUGAUCUCCACCCAAGGUCAUCAAGAUCAAUGUAUUCGCAUUCACAAGUUACUUCCCCGUACGUGUCAAAUGUUAUUGUUUAGUGCGACGUACACGUCAGAAGUGAUGAACUUCGCGGAAAUUAUAGUUACUAAUCCACUCAUAAUACGACUACUAAAAGAGGAAGAAUCAUUGGAUAACAUUCGACAGUAUUAUAUCAAAUGCAAAAAUAUAGAUGACAAAUACACCGCUAUCACUAACAUAUACGGUGUAAUCACAAUUGGGCAAGCGAUAAUUUUCUGUCAUACGAAAAAAACAGCCAGUUGGCUGGCGGAAAAAAUGUCGAAAGACGGCCACGCAGUGGCGAUACUGUCCGGUGACUUGACGGUAGAACAAAGAAUUUCCGUAUUAGAUAGAUUCAGGGCAGGCCUUGAAAAAGUUCUCAUCACUACUAACGUUUUGGCGAGAGGUAUUGACGUCGAACAAGUGACGAUAGUGGUUAACUUCGAUCUGCCGAUGGAUCAGAAUCGACAAGCCGAUUGCGAAACAUAUUUACACAGAAUCGGAAGAACAGGUCGUUUUGGCAAAUCGGGUAUUGCUAUUAAUUUAAUCGACUCGCCGCACGCGAUGCAAUUGUGCAAGGACAUAGAGAAACACUUCGGCAAGAAGAUACAUUACCUCGACGCGGAGGACGCGGACGAGAUUGAGAAAAUCGGCGCUUAGGUUAACAAAUAAUUUAUAUUACAGCGAGUAUAUACGUGGACAUACGCUUUUUAUUAUAAAAAAAAAAAAAAAGUAUACUCUUAGGCUUUAAUGUAAUCUUUUUUAAGGCGGACUUCUUUGUAUUUUGAAUAAGAGAGAGAUGGGAGACGGUUUUUUUUUUCAUCAACUCUACAGUGAAAACCUGUUGUUUCACUUUUUCCCCUUUUUUUUUCUAGCUCUUGCAAUCUUAUCGUUCGCGCGCGUCCUUCGCGUCAAUCGUAUUACGUAGCAGCAAGAUCGAACGAGAAAUUUGUGUGCAAAUCUAAACGACAAAGAAGUAAUUUUUGUAAACGAUUGCACAUACACGCCGAUAUAUCGCACAUAUGUGAAACACGCCGUCUAUUGAAAUUUUUAUUUUUUUGAAGGGAAUGUACUAUGAUUUUUUUAUUUUACUGUACGAUUUUGUACACGUACUUAACUUUUCUUGUACGAGGCGAAAAGUUAGAAAUAUUAGGUAAAAGAUUACUUUGAAUCCUAUCUACACAGCGACAAUGUGUGUGUGGUAUACUUACAAUAUUUAAAGAUAAAAAAAAAGUCUGUUUUUAUAUUUUAUAUUAACUCUUAAGUAAUGCUUUAUAUUUGUUUUCUCACGUGUAUUAUGGUCACGACCAUUUGUACAUGUAGUUUUCGUUUGUAUAAAUUUGAAUUAAUUUAAACAAUUUGUCGAACGUAUGUAUUUAAAAGAUUUAAAACAAGUGACAGAUUUUUUUGUAGUUCAGCUUUACAUGAAAGUUAUGUAUUAUUCCGAAGAUGUAUAAAAUGUGCAAUAGAGUUUAAGAUUUUUGUCGAAAUUGAUCCUAAUACAAUAUAAGUGAAAACAACACAUUGCUAUAUAUAUUUCAGCAAACUUGAUAUAUUUACACAUACAUGUUUUUCUCUUUUUUUUUUUUUAUGUACGAAUAGACAUCAAAGAAAAUGUUUGCUUACGAAAAGUUUUAAUUCUAUUCAAAAAGUUUCACUUAUGUCAAAAAUUGCUUAUUUAAUGAUGAUUUAUUUCUUUUACGUAUAUACUUACUACGUAUAUUUACUAUAAUACAUUGCAUAUUAUAGUUUGUAUAUAAAGAACGGACAAGUUGUGUGCAAACAUAUUUAUUGAGGAAAAAAAAAAUAAAAAUUCAACAAUUACAAAAUUACAAAAAUCUACGUAAGAUUGACCACCUUCCCACUAUUGACGCGAUAUAUUUAUUUUUACACUUACGUUCUUUUUUUUUAGUGAAUUUACUAUUGAAAAAAGAAAAAGAAACUACGAAGAUAUCGAACAAGCUUUAUUUGUUUCUACGAUUUCCUGUUAAAGUAACUUAAGGAAUAUCUUUAAUACAUUUUAUUCUAUUAAUUACUAUUUGUUUUAAAAAUAUCUCACACCUGAUUCGAUGAAAGGACGACACGUGUUUUAAUUACAAAGUUUUUACUUAAUUUGUUAUUUAUAUAUAUAUGUAUAUAUAUCGGAAUAUAUAUAUUAUAUAUAUAUAUCGGUUUUGAUACUAUCGAUACUUGUCAUCAAUCGUAAAAAAAUAUUGGACGUGAGUUCAAUAUGAUCGUGUUGUGACAGAGACGAAAUAAAAAGGAUGAAAUAAUAGAAAUUUUUAUGUAUGUAUUUAGCUUCUUAAUCUAUCAUAACACAUUACAUACCUGUAAAAACAUACCAACAAGUUUGUUUCUAUGUUCUCUGUAACUAUAUAUUUUUACAUUAAAUGCACUCUUGAAUUUCAAAUUCA